AUGACGUCAAAAGAACCACGUACGGACCCGCAGUGGGUAACGCCGUCCUCCAACCAGGAUGUUCCUCCAGAUUAUGAAACAAUUGGUACAAUAUUUGGUUAUGCACUUGUAGUAUUAUCAUGGAUUCUGAUUAUAAUAACUUUCCCUUUCUCAAUGUGUGUAUGUCUGAAGGUAAUAAAAGAGUACGAGAGGGUUGUGAUAUUCCGAAUUGGAAGGCUUGUUUUUGGAGGUGCCAGAGGUCCUGGCAUGAUUUUUGUUAUUCCUUGCAUCGAUACGUACAGGAAGAUUGAUUUAAGGGUAGUUUCUUAUGCAGUACCACCUCAGGAGAUUCUUUCGAAGGAUUCUGUAACUGUGUCAGUCGAUGCAGUAGUUUACUUCCGAACGUCAGAUCCGAUAGCUUCAGUUAAUAAUGUUGAUGAUGCAAUAUACUCUACAAAACUUCUUGCUCAGACAACGCUUCGUAAUGCACUUGAAAGAGAAGCAAUCGCACAACUUUGCGAAACAAUUUUGGAUGAAGGCACUGAACACUGGGGCGUAAAAGUAGAACGUGUUGAAGUCAAAGACAUUCGUCUACCGCAACAGUUGACUCGUGCUAUGGCAGCCGAAGCAGAAGCAGCUCGAGAAGCUCGUGCCAAAGUUGUAGCUGCUGAAGGAGAACAAAAA